CCCAACAGCUUCACAGCAGAAAGCCAACAGAUUGCAACAAUAAUCAGUAUGGCAGAAGCACAUGGCGCCCGCGGGUCCGCACAAAGCAAGCUACCCAGGCUUUCAAUAAUGGACCUGUCGAAGCCGCAUACCUUUAUCAAGCCAGUGAAGAGGAUCAAUGAGGGGCACGAUGUCCCCCACUUCCUCACCUCACGUGCAUAUAGUGACAUAGGAACCUUUGUGAUGCAGCUUGACACCGCUAUGUGUCCUAGGAAAGUUGAGGUGGAUGGUAAGACGCAAGUAAAGACAUGGGAGCUGGGUAGCAGUGACUUCGCAGUUUCGGGAUUAGUAAAGGAGAUUCAAGAGAUGCUGAAGACGAUCGAAGCUAUCAUCGAUGAAGCACCUCCAGAUACUGGGCCGAGGAGGUUUGGAAAUAUCAGUUUCAGGAGGUGGCAUGAGCUUCUUGAGUCCAGGGUGGGCACGAUUCUGAGGCGGCAUGUUCCUGUUGAGAUUCUCGAUGCUGGGUCACCGGGAGAGGCUACCGCGGAAGAUGAGCUUACUUCAUACCUGCUGGGCGGGUUUGGGAGCUCACAGAGGCUAGAUUUUGGUACAGGCCACGAGCUGAGUUUUCUGGCAUUCUUGGGAUGUCUAUGGAAGCUUGGUGGGUUUACGGCAGGAAACGAAAUAUCUGAUGAUGGUCGUUUGGAGAGGAGUAUAGUACUUGGGGUCUUCGAACCUUACCUGAAUGUUAUCCGUCGAUUAGUUCUCACGUAUUCCCUCGAGCCCGCUGGCUCUCACGGCGUCUGGGGUCUGGAUGACCAUUUUUUCUUAUCUUAUAUUUUUGGAUCGGCUCAAUAUAGUCCUGCAAUCCAAGAUGGACAGCCCAUGCCAGUAGAGGGAUCACUACCAGAUGCACCGAACCCUGCGUCUGUCAUCAAGAAAAAUAUUGUUGACCAAGAGAGAAAGAAGAAUAUGUACUUCGCGGCCAUUGGCUUCAUCAACGAUGUCAAGACGGGGCCGUUCUGGGAGCACAGUCCAAUACUCUUCGAUAUAUCUGGGGUGCGCGCGGGUUGGGGGAAAGUCAACAAGGGCAUGAUCAAAAUGUACAAUGCCGAAGUGCUGUCCAAAUUCCCAGUGGUCCAGCACUUCAACUUCGGGUCUUUGUUCAGCUUUGAGCGCGAUCCAAAUGCAGCAGCAGCUGCCGCCACAGUACACACAUCCAACCAGCCAUCAUCCCACACCAUCUCCGUCAGCGGAAACACGAGCGGUGCGCCGACAAGUCGUCCAGUGCCGCAGGAAGGUACACGCGCUCCAUGGGCCAAUGCUCCAGCCACUACCAUCCCAAAUGCUCCUCCUCAGGCGGGUGUAGCAACGGCAGCACCGUGGGCAAAGCCUGCUUCUGCUGCUCCUCCCCAAGCUGAUGGCUCGGUGCCAACUCGUGCUCCUUGGGCUGCGUCGGGGUCCGGCUCGGCGCCACUGCCAGGUAAUGUGCCGACAAGAGCGCCGUGGGCAACAGGGCCCAGGUGAACUGUAGCCAGGCGAACUAUAGAUAGUAAUGCAUAAAGCAUUUAGUAUAAUAGCCAUCCCUCCAGAGCUCAUCCGGAUCAUAAAUAGCAUCCCAUCGCAUCUCGUUGCAUCCCAUCUGGCUCUAUAGGCAGCAUAUAAGCAGGGGAAAUAAUGAUGCGCUAUCAAGCCUCUUGAAAAUCUUAACUGUGGAUCUUAACGGUCUGGUGUCUCAUCACCCCAUCUUCCCAUCUCACCAUUGUAUUCCGUGCAUGCUCACCAACCAACCAACAACC